AGUGGCGCUGCGCGCGGUGGGACGGCGCGCGGGGGGCGGCCGCGGCGGGACUGCACGAGGCGGGGGCGUGGCGGGCGGCGCGCCGUUCCCCCCUCCGGCGGCGGCGCGAUGGUGCGGGCCGGCCGGGGAGUUGUGAGCUCUGGGUUUGAACCGGCCAACUUCUCCGGCGGUCGGGGGCGAGCGCCAGGGCUGCGGCGAGGGCGAGUGAUGCGCAGAGCUGAAACCAUGGUCCAUCAGGUGCUCUACCGGGCGCUGGUCUCCACCAAGUGGCUGGCGGAGUCGGUUCGGGCUGGCAAGCUGGGGCCUGGCCUGCGGGUGCUGGACGCGUCCUGGUACUCGCCGGGCACCCGCGAGGCCCGCAAGGAGUACCUGGAGCGCCAUGUGCCCGGCGCCUCCUUCUUUGAUAUAGAGGAGUGCCGGAACGCGGCGUCGCCCUACGAGAUGAUGCUGCCCAGCGAGGCCGACUUCGCCCACUACGUGGGCCGCCUGGGCAUCAGCAACCAGACCCACGUGGUGGUUUACGAUGGUGACCACCUGGGCUCCUUCUAUGCGCCGCGGGUCUGGUGGAUGUUCCGUGUGUUCGGCCACCGCACCGUGUCGGUGCUCAACGGCGGCUUCCGGAACUGGCUGAAGGAGGGCCACCCGGUGACAUCUGAGCCCUCACGCCCAGAGCCGGCUAACUUCGAAGCCACACUGGACCGCUCCCUGCUCAAGACCUACGAGCAGGUGCUGGAGAACCUUGAGUCUAAGAGGUUCCAGUUGGUGGAUGCCCGGUCCCAAGGACGGUACCUGGGCACUGAGCCAGAGCCAGAUGCAGUAGGACUGGAUCCGGGCCACAUCCGAGGCUCAGUCAACAUGCCGUUCGUGGACUUCUUGACUGAGGACGGCUUCGAGAAGAGCCCAGAGGAGCUGCGUGCUCUGUUCGAGGCCAAGAAGGUGAAUCUGGCCCAGCCCCUCAUUGCCACCUGCCGGAAGGGAGUCACCGCCUGCCACAUUGCCCUGGCCGCCUACCUCUGCGGCAAGCCCGACGUGGCCAUCUACGACGGCUCCUGGUUCGAGUGGUUCCACCGGGCCCCCCCGGAGACCCGCGUGUCCCAGUGGCAGCGCGGGAAGGCCUGAGCGGUGGGCCUCCUCAGUGGCCAGAAGCUCCCGUCUGUUCAGUGACCGCAGUCUGACACACAGCGUGUACCUCGUCGGCAAAGGAGACCGACUAGGUUUGAGAACUGCCGGGCAAAGCUCUCCUUUCCUCCCAGACACUGGAAUAAACCGCUUUUUCUGAGGA